UUAAAAACAAAUGUCGGCCGGUGAUCGGUUAUAAGUAGUUAUGAAUUAAUAAGUUAGUAAAAAUGGCUGAUCUAGACCCGAAAAGUUUAUCUAAGCUACGUGUGAUAGAUUUAAGAGAACAUCUGUCCAGCCGAGGUUUACCAACUUCAGGGUUAAAAGCGGAAUUGGUGAAAAGAUUACAAGAAGCACUUUUAGAAGAAGGGAAAAAUGAUGGUGUACAAGAUGCAGAUGACCAGACUAUGUCUAGAGACUCUGACGAAAAUUCGUCCGAAAUGACUGAUAAAAGUAGCAAAUCAAAUGCAAGUACAGAAAAUGAAUCUUGUCAGAAUGAUGAAGAGGAGCAAAUGGAAGUAGAUGAAGAAGCACAUGAAGCAGAAAGGAAAGAGGAUGAGAGAUUGAGGAUUGAAGCUGAAAGAAAAGAGGAAGAGGAGAGAUUGCGUGCUGAAACAGAAAAACAAGCAGCUGAGGAAAGGGCAAGAGUUGAAGCAGAAAAAAAAGCAGAAGAAGAGAGAUUGCAAAUCGAAGCAGAAAGAAUAGCAGAAGAAGAGAGAUUGAAAAUCGAAGCAGAAAGAAUAGCAGAAGAAGAGAGAUUGAGAAUUGAAGCUGAGAAAAAAGCAGCGGAGGAAAGAGCAAGAAUUGAAGCUGAAAGAAAAGCAGCUGAGGAGAGAGCAAGAAUUGAAGCUGAAAGAAAAGCAGCAGAGGAGAGAGCAAGAAUUGAAGCUGAAAGAAAAGCAGCUGAGGAGAGAGCAAGAAUUGAAGCUGAAAGAAAAGCAGCAGAAGAGAGAGCAAGAAUUGAAGCUGAAAGAAAAGCAGCAGAGGAGAAAGCGAGAAUUGAAGCUGAAAGAAAAGCAGCAGAGGAGAGAGCGAGAAUUGAAGCUGAAAGAAAAGCAGCAGAGGAGAGAGCGAGAAUUGAAGCUGAAAGACAAGCAGCUGAGGAGAGAGCAAAAAUUGAAGCUGAAAGAAAAGCAGCAGAAGAGAGAGCAAGAAUUGAAGCUGAAAGAAAAGCAGCAGAGGAGAAAGCGAGAAUUGAAGCUGAAAGAAAAGCAGCAGAGGAGAGAGCGAGAAUUGAAGCAGAAAGAAAAGCAGAGCAAGAGAGAUUGAAAAUUGAAGCUGAGAGAAGAGCAGAAGAGGAGCGAUUCAGAAUUGAAGCUCAAAGGAAAGCAGAGACAGAAAGAUUGAAAUUAGAAGCUAAAAGAAGAGCUGAAGAAGAACAAUUAAGAAUUGAAGCUCAGAGAAAAGAGGAAGAGAGAUUGGUUGUUGAAGCUCAAAGAAAAGCUGAGGAAGAUCGUCUGAGAAUUUUAGAAGAAAAAAGAAAAGCUGAAGAGCAAAAAAGAAUUGAGGAAAAAAAGAGAGAAGAGCAGCGAAUUCGAGAAGAUAAAAGAAGACUUGAAGAAGAAGAGAAGAGAAAAGCUGAUAGAGAAAAAAAAAUUAAAGAGCAACGAAUGGCAGAAGAGGAAGAAAUGAAAAGAGAACAAGAAAAGUGGCUUGUCGAAGAGCAGAUGCGUAAAGCACAGGAAGAGCAUAAGAAGAGAUUGAAGGCAGAAGAGGAAAAACGCCUGUUAGCAGAAGAACAGCAAAAGCAAGUGCUUGAAGAACAACAAAGAUUAGCAAAGGCUGAAAUGAAAAAGCAAAAGCAAACAGAGAAGGAAAUUGACCAGUCAAGUUCAGCAAAAGGCAUUUCUUCUACUAGUUCUUCUUCAUUUCAUGCAAGUUCAUUAACAAUACCUCCUCCUCCUCCUACAACACUUAUGUCAAAUUUCCCACCACUACCAUCUAUGCCCCCUUCAAAUGCCCUAAGUAAUUCAAACGUGUCAGUUGCGCAAGAAACAUCAAAAUUUACUACCAUGUCAUUUCCACCAUCUAAUAUUAAAUCCAAUCCUAGUGGAGAAUUUCAAAUUCUCAGUGACAGCGAAGUUCAAGAAUUGGAUCUGAACUUUAACUCAGAAGAAAGUAUGGAUACUACUGAAGUUCCCUCUGAUAUCAAGCUUCCUCAGGCUUUGGAAAAAGUAUUAGCAUUGAAAACAGAGCGUGCUCAACAAUUAGGUGUUGAUCCUGAUGCAGUUGUGCAGCCUGAUCAAGCAAAUGAAGAAAAGACACCAACUCUUGUCAAACCAACUGUUGUUAGUUUGGUUUCAGUUGAUGAAGAUGAAUAUAUUGAUGAUGAAAAUGCAUUGAAUAAAAAUAAGGAGGCUAAAAGCAAGCGAAGGAAGAAGAAAAAGAAGAAGAGGCAUACUGAAAAAACAGCUGAAGGGAAGAAAGAUUCUACAAAACGAUCUGAAACUUCUAAAGAAACAAGUGUUGACAUAGAUGUAGAAUAUGUCCAGGAAGUAAUUGAUGUUUCUGAUCCUUUAUAUUCCCAAUUUAUGAGAAUAUUUGAAAAGUUCAAGUUGUCUGAAAAUGAAAAAGGGAAAGAAGAUACGGCAGCAGAUGCAUCCAAAGAUGCAAGCAAAGAAGAAAAUAUAAACCCAAUGGCUCUGAGGAAAAAACCUAUGGAUUUAGAUGACGAUGAUGAACAAGAUGAAGAUGACAAAAAAGAGGAAGAAAAACCCAAGCUGUCUAAGAGAAAGCUAAAAAAGUUAAGCCGUAUGACUGUUGCAGAAUUAAAACAAAAAGUUAAUCGCCCAGAGCUUGUUGAAAUGCAUGAUGUAACAGCUAAAGAUCCUGUUCUUUUAUUACAUCUAAAAGCAUCUAGGAACACGGUUCCUGUUCCCAGACAUUGGUGUUUUAAGCGAAAGUAUUUGCAAGGGAAAAGAGGCAUAGAGAAACCUGCUUUUGAACUUCCUGAUUUCAUAAAACGAACAGGUAUUAUGGAGAUGAGACAAGCUUUGCAAGAAAAAGAGGAUCAGAAAACUAUGAAAGCAAAAAUGAGGGAACGAGUGAGACCAAAAUUAGGAAAAAUUGACAUUGAUUAUCAAAAGCUUCAUGAUGCCUUUUUUAAAUGGCAAACAAAGCCAAGAAUGACGAUUCAUGGAGAUCUUUAUUACGAAGGUAAAGAAUUUGAAACAAGAUUGAAAGAAAAAAAACCUGGUGAUUUGAGUGAUGACUUAAGAACAGCUUUAGGCAUGCCUACUGGUCCUAAUGCUAAUAAAUGCCCUCCACCUUGGCUUAUUGCUAUGCAGCGUUAUGGUCCUCCACCAUCUUAUCCAAAUUUAAAAAUUCCAGGCCUCAAUGCACCUAUACCUGACAGUUGCUCAUUUGGUUAUCACGCUGGAGGCUGGGGGAAGCCUCCUGUUGAUGAAACUGGGAGACCUUUGUAUGGUGAUGUCUUUGGAACUCAAAUUACAGAUAAUCAACCUCACAUUCAAGAAGAAGAAAUAGAUCAUACUCUAUGGGGUGAGUUGGAAUCUGAAUCCUCUGAAGAAGAAGAAGAGGAUGAAGAAGAUGAAGAGGAAGAGGAGGAAGAGAAAGCGGAAGACGAGAGUGGUCUUGUUACUCCAGCUGAAGGACUAAUAACCCCAAGUGGCUUCAGUUCAAUACCAGCAGGUAUGGAGACUCCAGACAUGAUAGAAUUGCGUAAAAGGAAAAUUGAAGCCGAAUUAGAAGGUGGUGAGACUCCUGCACUCUAUACAAUACUUCCUGAAAAGAAAACAGAACGUAUAGGUGCAGCAAUGAUGGGUUCGACACAUAUUUAUGAUUUAGCUGCUGCCAUUCCUGGAAGCAAACUUAGAAUGCCAGGUACAUCAUCUGUGCCACCUCAAGGAAUUGAAGUUGCCUUAGAUCCUAGUGAGCUGGAAAUGGACACUGCUGCUAUGGCAGCAAGAUAUGAGCAGACUAUGCGUGAACAGCAAUCUCAGUUAGAAAAAGAAGAUUUGAGUGAUAUGGUUGCUGAACAUGCAGCAAGACAAAAGAAUAAGAGGAAGAAACAACAAAUGGAUAGUGCAAAACCUCCCAAGAAAUACAAAGAAUUCAAAUUUUAAUGGUGUUUCAUGUAAAUUUAUUCAUUACUAUAUGUAUACAGCCAAAAUAAAAAUUAU